AUGGAUGGUUAUCCCACUGCGACCUCUAGCCUUCAAUCGGUCACUGAGAACGUCCUGAAGGCGCAUCUCCCUUCUUCUGAAACAUAUCAGGCCGCAGGUGCGACAGGGGACUCUUCUGGAAAAGCAGGGACAUCGGAGACCGGACCUCUUCUUCAGAAGCAACUGCAUAUCCAGUUUCUCCUACGUAACCUCCUCCAAGGAUUUCCAGAGCGUUAUAUCUCUCAGGAUGCAAGUCAGCCAUGGCUGAUAUACUGGACACUUCAAGGGUUUAGUGUGUUGGGAAUAGGGAUGGAUGAUCAAACAAGGAAGAGGGCGAAGCAGACUCUCCUAGCUCUGCAGCAUCCCUAUGGUGGAUUUUCAGGGGGUCCUGGACAAGCAGCACACCUCCUACCGACCUAUGCUGCUGUGUGUGCGCUCGCUAUUGUUGGACAACCUGGUCCGGAUGGUGCGUGGGAUGAGAUCGAUCGGACGAAGAUGUACGAAUUCUUCUUGUCACUGAAGCAGCCUGAUGGAUCUUAUACCGUAACCCAAGAUGGCGAAGUCGAUGUUCGCGGGCUCUAUUGUCUCCUUUCGACGGCCACUUUGCUGAACAUCGUUACGCCGGAGCUUCUGAAAGGAAUGCCUGAGUUCAUCGUAAGCUGUCAGAGCUAUGAAGGUGGUUUUGGGAAUGCGUCAUUCCCCGAGUGGGCAUUCCCUGAAGAGGAUGACGGCGCGUUCGACGCGUCCGCCCCACGCCCGCUUCUUGGUGAGGCCCACGGCGGCUACACCUUUUGCGCGACGGCGACCUGGGUACUUCUGCAGCCGUACCUACGCCAUUAUUAUUCGUCGUCCUCGACGUCGCAGCGCCCCACGGUGAACAUGCACGCGCUGCUACGCUGGCUCACGCAGAUGCAGGGCACGCAUAUGGAGCUCGGCGGAUUCCGGGGCCGCACGAACAAGCUCGUCGAUGGGUGCUACAGUUGGUGGGUCGGCGGCUGCGUCGGGCUCGUAGAGGGGCUCCUUGGUCCCGGGUGUGUCCCUGGGGCACACGAGCCCGGGGCCCAUGCCGAGGAGUGGACGGAUAUCGAUGAUUCGCUGUUCAACCGACAGGCACUGCAGGAGUAUAUCCUGUACGCAGGGCAGUACCCUGCCGGUGGUCUGAGAGACAAGCCGCCCAAGUCGGCGGAUUCGUACCACACGUUGUACUGCCUCUCAGGUCUCUCGGCCGCUCAGCACACAGUCCUUCCCGAUGACGCGCGCAGAGCAGAGCUGCUUGCAAGCUGGAGUGAUGAAACGAUCAACGAACGCGAAGGCUUCGGAUUCACGCCUGCGUCCGACGCCGCGCGGUCACAAUGGGACGCUAUGCGGAAGGAGGCGUUCGUUAGCGCCCUGUCGUGGGUGGAAGAAGAGGGGACGUCGAAGUACGUGGGCGGUGCGGUUAAUCGCGUGAACGCGACACACCCUUUGUUCAACCUCACUGCGACGCAUACUGAGGGCAUGAUGCAGCAUUUCUAUGGCCAGCAGGUGCCGGAGCGCCGCCCCAAGCAUCCCGCGGCCGAGAAGUGA